AUGGGGACUUAUAAUGAAGAUUCGGUGUUCACAGGCCGGGAUCAACAAUCAUCACAAAAUUUCGUGGAUAAAGACGUUGUCGUUGAAAGAUUGAUUGGAACAUUGAAAGAAGUAUUACCAGAACCUCCAUUGAUUAACCAACCUUUACAAUCUGAGUUUGCUGAGACUACAUUAAAAAGGUCCAAAAGAAAGUCCAAAUUUACCAGGGAGCAAGAUGAAAUGAUUGUGGAUUUGAAGAGUAAAGGUAAAUCAUGGGUUGAUAUAGCACAAAUUGCGGGCGUUGGAAGCUUUUUAGCUGCUAGAAACAGAUAUCAAGUCCUUAUAGGUCAACAAGGUGUUGGGUCUUCUAUUUGGGGUGCUGGUGACUCUCAAAAUUUACAGAGCUUAGUAGAUGAUGGAGAACUCGAAAAAUGGAGGUUUAUAUCGAGAGAAAUGUACAAAUUAACAGGGAAACAAUUCACUGAUGUUCAAUGUCGUGAAUUAAUUAGAGAUAUAUUUCUACAGGAUCCUGAAGAAUUUGGGGUUUCAGAGGAUGCUUUAAACGAAAUCACAGAAGUUAAAGAUGAGGUUUAUGAACCUUCACAAUCAGAACAACAACAUGAGUCUUAUGAAAGUAGUCAGCAACAAUCUCAGCCUCAUCAAGAAACACAACAGCAUGAACAUUCCCAUCAUCACCAACAACAGCAGCAAUACAAUCAAGAUUAUAAUCGCUCAUAUGAUCAAAACUUCAACCAUAAUUUAGGUCAAGGUAACCCAAAUUAUUCACAAGGUCAAAAUACACAUCAAACACAUUUAUAUGAACAAAAUAAAAAUCAAAAUAAUAAUUCAGGGUAUAAUAAUUACUAG